AUGCCGUAUUCUUCUCAUGGAUAUCAACCGGGUCCUCUCUUCGAUCAGCAUAUUUAUUUUUUCCUUUCUCUUUUCUUCACCGGAGAUCAGCAACAGCAAGCUUGCUACUGUACGCACCACAACAUCCAAGUCCGGCCAUUCCGGGCAUCGUGGGCUUCUGUGGUGAUGAAACAUGUCUUCCCCUUAAAGAAAAGAGGAAACCCAAGGGAUAGGCAAGGGAUAUUGACACGUUGUGGUCACGAUGUAUCAUCCAUUUGUGGAGCUGCUGGGCUUGGAUUAUUCAUGCACGACGACAAAGCUAAAAGGGAAAGGAAAAGCAAAGAAGGUUACUGGAAUUCUCUGGUUGGGAGAUGCCGUGCGACCACUUCCCAUCGCUGGUGCGUGCUGGCGCCGGCUUCUGCUCUCCCGGCGAUUGCAAAGCGCAAAGUUAGGUUAUCGCAUGUUGCUGGUGCAAUAGAGGAGGGUUUAAUUAUACCCCCAAGUCCCGGCUGA